AUGUCUCAAGUGAUUCAGUAUUCUGAAGCGGAUUUGUUGUAUCUGUCUAAAUCGCCGCUUAUAAAAAAACCGGAAAAUUUACCAGAAUGGAUACUUCCAGAGGCUAUGAAAGCUGAUCGCGAGCGACACAUUCGGCAGGAAAAGGAAAUGAAAAAUAAACAUGAUGAUGAAGGAAGACAGAUUCAAUCCGACCGAAAAUAUGCCAAAUCAAAACACGAAGAUAUCAUACUUGGGCCUCCAAAACUCAGUUUUGCAAGCAGCAAUGAAAAUGGCCGCUCUAUUGGUCGUCAUGAAGACUUAUUAUCUUUAGGAAACGUUUACAAUGGAUCUGCAUCGGUGCGCCAUCGAAACGGAAUGCCAGGUCAUGCAUCAUCAAAAAAUGCUCCUUUAAACAAUAUGGGAUCGACGUCGUCAGCUUGGACAAGUCUAAACAAGCAUGGGCGUAAAAAAGACUUUGAUCGUCGUGAUGAUAAUGAAGGAUUAGAGCGAUUAUCAAAACAAAGAGCCGGUGCCAAUGCUACAAGUCCUAUGAUUCCCAAUACUACUGAAGAAUUUGAAGUCUGGAAGCGUAUGAUGAAAGCUAACUCGGCUGAGGCACCCAUUACUUCGGGAAUGCCUGCUGUUGCUCAUGUGGCUUCACAAAAGCCUGUUCCUUCCAUUUCAAGAGCUGCUUCGGGUUCCGGUUCUUCCUUUUCUGCCCGUGCAAACGUUAGCGUUGACUCUCUUUUCGGAAAGCGCCCGGCUGUCCCAUCUGUUGCAUCUGUUGCCCCGCCAGUUGGAACUCCUGUUGGUACACCUCCACGGUUUGCUUCUCCUGCUCUUGGGUUGGAAACGGCGGCCCAUGUUGCUCCUUCUACUACUUCAUCGAGAUUCAGCAAGUUCUUCAACGGGCUAGGCGGUCCUGAAACAUCAAAACAAUCGACGCCAUCAGUAUCCCGCACGGCCUCUCCAAAAGUGAAUAAUGCCCCAGCUGCCCCUUCAGCUAUCCAUGAUAAAGAUGCAGAGGGAUUUCAACGUGUCCUUGCAAUGCUAGGACGUCAAACUUCUAGUGCAUCUGCCUCGCCUAAAGUUCCCAUGGCUCAGUCAUCUGCUACGUCCAAUUCUCCUGGUAUUAACCAUGCCAACCCCGGUGCUAUGUUUACAAUGUCUUCUCUCGCUUCUCCUGCUGCUUCUGUCGCACCUCCUCCGGGAUUAAGCAGUCAUGCACUCUCUACUGAAGAUGCUUCGUUUUUCCGUUCUCUUAUUCAUUCUGAUGCCAGGCCUGCUGUUCCUCCACCUCCCGGUUUUUCCACAAAUAAUGUGGGUUCCCCUGAUGAAAAUGUUUCCAAUCCCCUUCCAGGUCUUUACAAUCAUUAUCCUAUGGGACCUGCACCACCGAUGAGCUCUGUACCGGCCCCAGCUCCUCCCCCUGGUUUCGGGUUUCAGCAGCCUCCGCUCCCAUAUUCGCCAGGUUUUUCUCCAAGCAUGUACGGUCACCCACGUAUGUCAGGCCAUCCUCUCCCUGACCUUUCGAAAACUACACACUAG